AUGUCAACCAGAUCGCGACGAGCCAGAGGCCGGCCGCCAAAAACACCUCUGUCAACAAACCGCACCAAUUUUUUACGAAAACCUAAGGCUUAUCAAAACCAGGAGAAUUUAAAUAGCGCAGGUUUGUCAACUGUUACCCAUUUGAGACAUGGGCGGUCGGAGAGGAUUCGCGGGCGGGCCGCUGCUCAUAAGGGCAGACACUUUGUCAGUCAGCUGUUGGCAGAAGACGAUGACAUUUCCUCACUGCCAGAAUUUGAAGACAGGUCAAGUGACAUCACAGAUCUAGACAAUACUGAUGCAUAUGGGUCUGAUGCUUCGUACUCUGGAGGAUCUAAUGCUGAGUCUAGCGAUGAUGAAAGUUUAAGUACAGUCAGCAGUUCGGUUAGCCGCAGGAGGUUGUUAUUAAAGAGACCUAAAACACCAGACAUUCAAGAUGACAAAGAAUUACCACAGCUUAAUUUGCCACCAAGUGCAACUGACUUACUACUACCAGCAGAACAUGUGUUACAGGCUGUUGGUGUUUAUGAAAUUCUAAGACAUUUUAGGACUAUAUUGCGUUUGUCACCAUUUACAUUUGAAGACUUCUGUGCGUGUUUAUUAUCAGAAGAGCAGAGUAAUUUAUUAGCUGAGAUUCACAUGACUUUGCUGAAGGCUUUGCUUCGUGAAGAAGAAAACAGUGGUACUACAUUUGGUUCGCAGGAUUUGAAAGACAGCAUCAAUGUUUCAUUGUACUUUUUGGAUUCCAUGACAUGGCCAGAGAUACUUAGGUCAUAUUUGGAUAGUGAAAAGCAUCCAGAAUAUCGAACCCCUCUGCCGACUCUGGAGUGUCCUGAUUAUCCAUUUGUAGCAUAUACAGAAAAGCUAAAAGUUCUACAGACAUUAACAGAUUUAUUUCUGGCCACGACCAAAGUUCGGGAGGAAAUCAUCAACGAAGGCAAUAUUCAUUAUGACGAUCAUUGCAGGGCCUGUCACAAGUUGGGAGAUCUGCUCUGCUGUGAGACGUGUUCAGCUGUCUAUCACUUAGGCUGUGUGGAGCCACCUAUGCAGGAAGUGCCAGAAGAUGACUGGUUGUGCAGUGUAUGCAGAGCGCAUCAGGUGAAAGGAGUCACUGACUGUGUAUCCGAGGCAGAGAGAAGUGGGCUGAUGUGUCGACAAGAGGCUAUAGGCUAUGACAGACACGCCAGGAAGUACUGGUUCAUCUGUCGUAGAAUCAUUGUGGAAGGGGAAAAAGAAGUCCGAUACUAUAGCACCAAGUGUCAGCUGGAAGAGCUUCUGGACAGCCUUGACCCUGAGUGGGAGCCCGACCUCAUUUCCUUUAUAAAUGAAAUGAAAGAGGAUAUCAUCAAGCAGAUGUCCAUUACAGAAGAGCUGACUGCGGCAUCCAAAGGCAGUCGAAAGUCUGUUCUGGAAGUUGAAAAUGCCCAGUUGCUUAAACUUCAAGCAGAAAGAGCUUUGCAGCGCAAAGAAGAGGAGAAGAAAAAGGCACAAGAAGAAGAAGAGAGAAAGAAAAAGGAGGACGAAGAGGAAAAAAGAAAAGAAGACGGAUUAACAGACUCAGGAGACAACAGUAAAGAUGAAAAGGCAAGUUUUAAAAAUAAUGAACUGCAUAUAUCUAUUAAUAGUUUUUGUUUUUUUGAAACUGUCGAGUCGGAGGCAUUGGUGAGCACUCACACCAAGCAAGUUACAAACUCAGUAUCGAGGAGCAGCAAGGGUGGUGUCACAACCACAGAACUCGUUGAAACCACCACCACAAUAUCCACAGUAACAUCUGUCAAAUCCAUCACCACCACCACUGUCACAGCCUCUGAAGGAAGCGUGCAAGAUGCUGAAAGUGACGAACCAUCAUUAAAAAAAUCCAGAUUGGAUAGCACAUCAGGUCAACAGGCUGCAGAGGCAAAUUCUGGUAUAAAGGACAACAGUGAUGCGUCUAAAACAGAUAGCAAGCUCCUUUUGAGUAGUAGUUCUGCUCUGUCUGAAGCCAUCAAGUCCACCACUGAAGGAAAGACUAAAAUCAUCAGUCUUCAUUCCCUACUUCCUUCUGCAAGACAGUCUAUUCUGAACACUGGCGACAAAAAUGGUGAAGACACUAAGUCAGAUGGUCCUACAAAGACGGUGCUGUUGGUCAACAGAGGUGGAGGCAAGGUCACAUUGCAAGUCUCACGACAGCCCAUUGGUAAAGAUGACCAGAAUGGAAGUAGUGUGACUCAGACUUCAACAUCAUCUUCCGUGGCUGUCUCAGGUUCAGAAGGAUCGUACAAACAGUAUCAGAACCAGUACACGACAAACACUUUGGCCCUCAACAAGCACCAACACAAUGAGGAAAGGGACAAGAAACGGCACCUCAGCCACAAAUUCUCCCUGACCCAGUCCUCAGAAUUCAAGUGGAAUGGCAACGUGAUGGGCAAUCGAAUGAGCAUACUUGCCACUCUGCGACUGACAAUAUCACAGUUGGAGGCAAACAUUCAGGCUCCAUUCAUGCACCCCAAUUGGCCUAACCAUCGCCAAAACUGGCAGAAGGCCGUGCAGAUGUGUCAGAGUCCCCGGGACUUUGCUCUGGCUCUAACCAUCUUAGAAGCCUGCAUAAAACCGUGUGUCAUGAACCCAGUGUGGCACGAAUCUCUAGGGCACCUGAGACUCAAUCGCAUUACAUCAACAGACCGGGAAGAGUUUAAGAAGAAGGAGAAAGAGCAGAAAAGAAGGAAAGAAGACGAGGAAGAAGUAAGGCCAAUUGUAUGGAUCAAGUACACAAUGGGCCUCAAACAUCAAGUUUGGAAGCAAAAGGGAGAAGAGUACAGAAUCACAGGUGGAAAUGGCUGGCAGUGGAUCAGCUCCACACGAAAGAUCAACACAGUCCCCCAAGAUUCUGUGGGCUUGAGACUGAUAGCCCACAAACUGAUCAACCGGCGCGUCAGGGCUGCUAAAUCAUGCGGCAUAAGCCAGAAGAUGGAUGAUGGUGCCGAGGAUAAACACACGGAGACUGAAUCUGAAACUCAGAACAGCUCUCUGGUCACUGAAGACAUUUUGACACAGAAAGACAACAAGCCCAGUUUGAAAGAGGAGAUGAUGGAAACAGAGGAAGCUGCAGAAGAGAAUAGUAAUGGGAAUAAAGAAGUCAAGAUGGAAGAUUUGAAUGAAGACUCAGAUAUGAAAUCUGAUGGGAAUGUGGCUGGUAAUGUUACUACAGGUGAAAGUAAAUUGGCAGUUGAUGUCAGAAUUAAAAAUGAGCCACAAUUAGCAGAAAACAGUAACAAGUGUAAUAUUAAAGGUGGAGUUGUGAAGAUUCAAAAGGGCCAGUCUUCAUGUGAAAGUUAUUUAACUUUUCUGAAGAAGAAGUAUAUUGAGGAUAAAGAAACUGCUUUUGCACUGGAAGUGUUAAAGAAACCUCCAGAGAAGGUUGAUGUUGAACUGAUUAAUGUCAGUGAAGCUAUGCAGAAGAGAACUUACUAUGCCAAACUGACUAAACCAUAUUCCAAACUGGAUAAUUUGCUGGAGAGAAGGCUGAGACAGGAUGAGUUUGAGCAGAAGCAAAGAUUGACCAUUGAGACGCAGAUUGCAUUAAAGCUGAAGCUACAACAGGCUAGUGAAACAGCUCAGAAGCAAAUUACAGAAAAAGAUGAACAGACAGAGAAGGAAAUAAAAUUAAUCAAUGGUGACAUUUCAGAUGACAGCUCUCUAACGGCCAGUAACUUGUAUUCUUGUUAUUCUCUGUUGUGUCGCAGUGGCGGAAAUGACAAGGUAGGGUUGUGCUACUCUCCUAUGUGUAGACUAAAGCAGCAGUUAGAUGGAAGACAACAGAAAGCUCUAGCAUCUACCUCUGUAUCAACUGUGGGAUCAGAGUCCCACAGUGUUAGCAGUAGAACCAGCAAAGAAGGCUCACCAGAUAACCUGAUCAAUGAAGACAGCAUGGACUCACAUUUGUCAAAGGGGAGUCGGUUAAGUCAGGAAGAAGAUGAAGCUAAUGAUAUUGAUGUUCCUGGAAGUAAAGACAAUGUGGAGGAUGGGUUGAAUAAAGAGAAUGAGGAAGAGCAAGCUAAUAAUUCACAUGCAGUAUCCAGCUUGCUAGCAGAUAAGAGCAUAGAGGAUGAAGAUGUUGAUAUAGAAGGUGAUACCUCAAGAGAAAUAGUUGCAGCUAGUGCAGAUGACCGUUCAGAAGGAAACAGUAUAGAUGCUGAGAAAAAACCUGCAGCAAGUUCUUCAGCUGAAAAUCCGAUAAAAUCUGAAUCCUCAAAGGCUUCAUCUGUAUCAGAAAUUGUUAAAAACUUAGUGAUUAAGACGAUAGCAGAGAAAAACAUUGCCCCAAAUGUAGGGAAGGAAUCAUUGUUGAACAAUCAGACUUUAUCUGCUGCUGUGGCUAAUAUGAGUAUAGAAGAUCUUCAAGCUAGGCUGCCGCCAAAACACCCUACAUCUGAAAAAUUCAAGCUUGCCAGAUUUACCAGAAUUGGUGUGAAAAAGAAAAUUUCCAAGCACGGUCGCUUGCCGAUGUGCCACAAGUUUGAAACUAAAUCAAAAAAGAAAAGUGUUCUUAUUUUAGACAGAAAUGAGCUUAAAAAAAUGGCCAGACAAGGAGCAAAAAGAGAAAGUGCUUUGUUCAAUUAUAAUUGCAAAUUAAGCAGUGUUUGUUGGCCAUACCCUUGUCCAAGGCCGUUGUUUAAAACCGCCUGGCGUUAUCGCACAAUGACCCUGCAGUCACUCUCUGCUGCAGCUCUGCAGCUAAGGAUUUUGUGGGCAUGUAUUAGAUGGGACGACAUGGCAGCCAAACCUCCCGCUGGGGGCACAAACACAGUCUCUACAGAAACAGAGAUAACCACUACAGAAUUGCUGAAACGUAGAGAGGCUGGCAUGGAUGGUUUGAGGUCAGAGUUCUUGGUCAGGAAAAUCGUUGUGCCUCUGGGUGUUCCUGAUAAACCGAAGGAAAAAUAUACGCCCCAGAGAAGUGGCUUACGUGAGCGGAAGAAAAUAGAAUCUGUGAGACAAACAGAGCCCAGUGUGACAGAAGUAUGGGUUCCGGAGGAAGUUCUGGAGCUGUGGGAAAUCAAGCAGUUUGGAGAAAAAUUGGAAAAGCAGCGGCAGGCUCUUCAAGAUAAAGUAGAUAAGGCAGCAGCAAAUCAACAGACCAUAGUGACCUCCCAGCAGAGCUCGGCCCAGAUUAAAGCUCAGAUGGAGCAGCAACUGAAACAGCAGCGUCUAGCACUGGCGCAGAAACGUAUUCAAGAAAACCAGGGUGUCAAGAUAACAACGGGAAACAACCUGUCAGCCAUCUCCACUCUGGCGUCUGCUAGCGCAACCACUAUCAUCAUCAACAACCCCAGCCAAUUUGGCAAAGCUGGAGCCACGUUUAAAACUUUGACUGUGUCGUCUCCUAGCAGUUUGCUUUCUUCUGGAGUUAUCAAGACCAUGCAACCCAAAGUUGUCAGCGCAAAUGCAGGAUCACUGCUGGGCUCUCAGCUGCGACCAGGCAUCCGGCUGCAAAUCCCAGGGUCUACCAUUCAGAUCCGACCACAGACUGUGCUUGCCCCAAAGCCAGGUGCAACCAUCACCACCACAUCCGGCGUCAGCACCAUCACAAGACUCAUCUCUCCUGCAGCCACCACUGUUGCCAGAGUUUUGACACCUGCCACUCCUCCAGCCACAAAAACUCAGACAGUUCAGCUGAGGUCACAAACACCAGGAGCACCUGUUCAAAAUCUUCAUUUUACACAGACUCCUGGAGGACAGCUGCAAGUGAGGGGUCUGUUACCAGGCCAGAUAAUUCAGCGGAUGCCUGAUGGUAAACUUCAGAUAAUCACCCUCAGCACAUCAGCAGCAGCUUCAGCACCAACCACGGCAGCGCUUGCGACAUCGCCAGCUCAGCAACAGCAGGCACCCCGGGCUGCCACUGUUAGCAUUAGACCUCAAGCCAUCAUGGUUAGUCCAUCCGCAGGAAGUGCCGCCAUGGUGACUCCCACAAACACACAGAACCGACUGGUUAUUCCUGCCCAGCUGGCAUCCAGCCUGUCUGUGGUCCAGUCCACCAGCACAUCACCGCUAUCAGUGCCAGCAAUUAGACAGGUCCUUGCAAGCUCUGUUGCUGGCACUCCAUCAAAACCUAUCAUUGUCACUCGGCCUGGAGGGCCACAGAUUAUCUCAGCUCAGAACAUAGCCUCAGUACUCAACCAUGCUGGUCAGUCUCUCGGCACCAGCAGUGCCGGCACACUAGUUGCAGCAUCUCCUGUGGUUUCUUCAUUGAGCAGUGCUGUUGUCAUUAGCUCUCCAGCUUUGAUAAACACUGUAACUGCUCCGACAAUUCUCACUACUUCACUAGCUGGAGUCACUACUGUGUUAGUAAACAGCUCACAACCUUCUCAGCUAUCCAAUGUGGUAAGUCCACCUGGGCAACAGACUAUUAUCUCCACGCUGAAACCGACAGUUUUAAAUCCUUCUGUGACUUUAGCAGUUACCACUACCACAACAACAAUCCCAGGCCAGUCCCUGCUGGGUGGUCAGAUUAUCUCAGGAUCAUCACUAAUUCAGAGAUCCACAGGAGGCACAUCUCUCAUAAAUCUUAACUCAGCAUCAGGCCUCACAUCUACAGUAUCAGUAUCCCCAGUGUCUAGUCAGAUUCCAAAGUUGCUGGCCUCUUCCCCUGCAGGAACUCAAAUAAUUACCAGGCCUUUGGGCGUCUCACAGUCACAGUUAAUGUUGCGGCCAGGCACUUCCAUGCUCACAGGAGCAGGCCAGGCCAAAAUAAUUACCACACAACAGUUACGGGGGCUGACUACCUCACCGAUUCAGUUAAAAACGGCAACAGCUUCCUUGAGUCCAGUGAAAACAAUACUUUCUCCACAGUCAUCUAGUGUGGUUGUGCCUGCAGGCGGUACUUCAACACUGACCGCAGUCCGUUCACUGACCCCUCAGCUCACCAUUCAGACUUCUGCAGGUACGCAGCAGAUCAUUGCUACAGGUGCAGCCACAUCAUUGUUACCUCAAGGCCUUACCUUGACUUCAUCGCCCGAAUCUGGCACUGCAUCCAUAUCUGUCACAAGUCCUUCACCUGGUACCAGUCCUUCAUCAAAAGCUAGUACUCCCAAGUAUGCCAUCACGCCACAAGUUGUUGAACAAGUUGUGCGCCAAGCCCUGCUGCAGAACCAGACUCCAGAAAUUCAGCAGAAACUCCUGGCAAUGCAGAAACAGAUCCAGCAGCAGCAGCAGCCUGCAGCAAGCAUGGCAGUGAUGGCAGCAAAUUCCAACAACAGCAGUGGUGUCACAUCUGUUAGGCGUGGGUUCCCAAGCAGCACUCCUCCUAUAGGGAAGCAACCGAGUGCUGUCACAACGGACCAGUCCAGGGUCAAGACCAAAGGCCUUACUCAGGAGCAGAAAGAGGAACAAAGCAGAAACUCUAUAUGUGGCCAGGUUAUGAAGACGAUAUUGGAUAGGAUCGAGAGAGAAGAGAAACAGGAGCAGAAAAACAAGAAGAAGCAAGAGUCGGCUGAGGAAAAACAUAAGCGUCUCACAGCAAUAAAUCAGCAGAAGGCCUUAUAUAAGCACAAAGAGGCCUUGAAGAAAGAAAUACUUCGAAAGCGGUCUCUUAUGGAGAAAAAUUUGCAGCAAGAAAUUUAUAAUGAAAUGGCAGACAAGGUGAAAAAAACAAAAACAAGUGUAGCCAAGUCCCCUCAAGCAGGAUCUGCAGUAGCAGCAGCUGCUGCUACUGCUGCUACAACAGCAGCUGCAGCUCCGUUAAGUGCCACACCGGUAACCUUGGCAGCUCAUGCCCGGCCUAAAAAAGUUGUGACUGAGAUUCCAAAAACAAGCCCGAGCCACUUGGACAACAAGUCAAUUGUGAGAAAACGUAAGCAGAAGAUUAUUUCCACUGGCAUCAAGGGACUAAACCCCAGGGAGAAAUUAUACUGCGUUUGCAAGACUCCCUAUGAUGAAAGCAA